AUGAAUAAUACACAGGAUGAGAAGGUGCUAGAGCAGAUUGAGAUGGAGGUGCGGAUGAAGGAUGGAGCCAGCAGACUGCUCGCAGCUUGUUCCCAGAGAGACCAGGCUCUAGAGGUGUCCAAAAACCUUGUGAGCUGCAACAGCCGCAUACUGGCUCUGCUCAGCCAGCUGCAGAGGAUGAGGAGAGCCCAGGUCUUGCAGCGCGUGGGACACGGCACCAGUUUAUCAGAUGAUCUUGUGACGUGUUUUGGAAAGUUAUCCCUCUCUGAUCUGCGAAUUCCUCUGAUGUGGAAAGACUCUGAAUACUUUAAAAACAAGGGAGAAUUGCAUCGCUGUGCUUUCUUCUGUCUGCUUCAGUGCGGCUCUCAGAUCUUGACUACUGACCUGCAGAUAGUAGACAGAACCUUGACUGAUAUCUGCUUUGAAGACACAUUUAUUUUUGAUGAGGUUGGCCCUGGCUUCGUGCUGCGAUUGGAGCUGUACAGUAGUUGUGUGGGUGAGGAGGGCUCUCUGGGCACCAGGAGAGGCAGUCUUGGAGUCACAGCAAUGGGAAACUUUUCAGGAAAGAAGCUUCGUGCUGCUCUUGAAUCUGCUGCUGUCUGUGGAUCCAGUCCCAAUGGAAAAGCAUCAGCACCUGUCAUCUCCGAUCCCUCCACACUGGAACCCAAGUUCAACCUGUUGGCCCAUGUUACUCUGAAACUCAAACACGUCCACAGUGGUUUCAAGACACAUGACUUGUCACUAGUUGCAACUGAGGAGAGCUCUUUCUGGUUGCCUCUGUAUGGCAACAUAUGCUGCCGCUUAGUGGCUCAGCCUCAGUGCAUGUUGAAAGCAACUUUAUGUGGCCACCUGAAGGUUAAGAGGGGCCAUGAUGGUUGGGAAAACGUCUAUGGUGUCCUCCAGGGGAGUAGUCUUGUCUGCUAUCAGAGUGAAGAGGAACAGAAAUCUAGCCCAUUACUUGUAAUCCCAAUAAGGAAGGAUACUUUCAUUUGUGUGCCAGAGCAAAACCUUGGCUCUCAACAGAGUUUCCAGAUCAGCACAAAAACAGACGUAGAAGAUGAAGUCUACACAGUCACAUGUGAUGCCACGCAGCGCUGGACUAAAGCCCUCAGGCAACACCUCUACAACAUGGGUCAGUGGCAGCAGUGUUGUACUGAACUUAUGAAACUCGAGGUGUCUUUUGCACCAAAAUCUGCAGCAGUCCAGCAAGGAUCACUAUUUCAUGAAAUAGUGACCCCAUCAACACCCAAAGAAGGACCUGCGGCAUCAGAUCUGUCUGCUGAGAUGCAAAAUUUGCUCGCAUCCUAUUACAAAAAAGCUGUUGAAGCAAACACAAUCGCUGAUUGUGAAGAGAAGUUUAAACCCCAGCACUAA